AUGAGUCAAAAACUACGUGACUUAAUUCGUGGUGUUCGUGCUAGUAAAACAGCAGCUGAAGAACGUGCUGUUAUUGCAAAGGAAAGUGCUUUAAUCCGUACUGCUUUUAAAGAACAAGACAAACAAUAUCGUCAUCGUAAUGUUGCCAAGCUGUUAUUCAUUCAUAUGCUUGGCUAUCCAUCACAUUUUGGUCAAAUGGAAUGUGUCAAGCUUAUUGCAAGUCCGUACUUUGCAGAGAAGAGAAUGGGCUAUUUAGGUCUUAUUCUAUUACUUACGGACCAAGAAGAUGUAUUGACACUUGUAACAAAUUCUGUAAAAAAUGAUUUGAAUAAUUCGAAUCACUUUAUUGUAGCACUAUCAUUAACAGCUGUGGGAAAUGUGGCUUCAGCGGAUAUGGCGCGUGAUUUGGUGAUGGAUGUGGAUCGUCAUUUACGUAGUGACAAUGAACAUUUGCGUAAGAAAGCGGCAUUGGCAGCUAUUCGAGUGUUUACAAAGGUACCGGAUCUAGUAGAAGACUUUACUGAAUCAAUUUUGGGUCUACUGCGUGCCAAACACCAUGGUGUACUACUUGCGGGCGUGCAGCUGAUCACGGAAGUGGUGUUGCUCGACUCGGAGAACUUGAAGAGAUUUAGCAGUCUUGUGCCAAAACUUGUACGCCAGCUACGAAAUUUGCUGUCCAUGGGGUAUUCGAGCGAAUACGAUGUCAGCGGCAUUGCCGACCCCUUCCUCCAGGUGGCGAUCUUGAAGCUUCUGCGGCUUUUGGGCAAGAAUAAUGAAGAAGCCAGCGAGGCGAUGAAUGAUGUUUUGGCGCAAGUAGCUACAAACACAGAGACAGCCAAGACGGCUGGCAAUGCGAUCCUUUACGAAUGCGUGCAGACCAUCAUGACUAUUGAGAGCGACAGCGGUCUCCGUGUGCUAGCUAUCAAUAUUUUGGGACGGUUCCUGCUCAACCGUGACAACAAUAUUCGAUAUGUAGCACUCAACACACUGUCAAAGGUUGUCGCAGAUGACGUUGCGGCAGUUCAGCGUCAUACCAACACCAUUGUAGAUUGUCUAAAGGAUCCGGAUAUGUCCAUUCGUCAGCGUGCACUUGAGCUCAUUUACUCGCUUGUCAACUCGUCUAAUAUUCAGUCGCUUGCUCGUGAAAUGCUUAACUACCUCGUGAUCGCUCCAAACGAGCAAAAGCCUGAGUUGUGCUCGAAGAUUGCUGACGCGGUUGAUCGGUAUGCACCUUCGAGUCGAUGGCAGAUCGACACGUUGAUAACAAUGCUGUCAAUUGCUGGCUCAACGCUGCCAGACGAGCGUAUAUGCAGCUCACUCAUCACACUUAUCCAGCGUAAUACGGAUCUGCACGCAUACGUGGUCCACAAGCUCUUUUGGGCACUUCGCGAUGACGUUUCUCAAUUGUCUCUCGUCCACGUUGAUACGCUGAAUGGCAAGAACCGUGUGGACGAGAGCAGUGUUGUAGAACUUUUCAAAACAAUUUUGCGUCACCAUGGAUCCACGGAAAUUACGCGUGCGUAUUCAUUGAACGCUAUGGUGAAACUGACGACUCGUUUCAGUUCUCAGACUGAGAUUGCCAAGAUCAAUUCAAUGAUUUUUUCAUUCAGCACAUCCAUGGUGCUUGAGCUCCAGCAGCGUGCUAACGAGUACACGAUGCUUGGCCAAUCACAAUGGUCUUCUCUUCGCAACGAUGUUCUUGCUGGCAUGCCGGCCAUUGACGCAUCCAAAGUGCGCAGUCGCAACGAUAAUUUUGCAUCUUCGGCUAUGGUUUCUGCAGAUCUAUUGGGCGACGAAGACGUGGGAGUAAGCUCAAGCAGCGGGAACGCCGCGGCCGCAUCGAAAGCCGUUCCGGCUGCACAGUCGAAAGCUAGUGCUAGUCUGUUAGACCUGGACGACAUUUUUGGCGGCGGUGGGUCUACGUCUAGCGCUGGAGCGUCUUUCUCAGCUUCAUCUUCUGCUCCGCCUGCACCUACCGCUGUAGACUUGCUAGCAGAUAUUUUCUCUAGCGGUCCAGCCGCGCCAGCUCCAGUAGCUGGCUCAAGCAACAGUGGUGUGGCUGCGACGGGAGCGAAUGAUUUGCUAGGUCUAAUGGGCUUUGGCGCACCUGCUUCAAAAUUGAUGUCACCUGUAGCGAACCCGACAGUGCGCGCAUAUGAGAAGAAUGGCCUGACUGUAGACUUGGAAAUUACAAAGCCCAACCCUGACGACAAGUCUGUGACAUACAUUACGGCUUCUGUUCAGAACUCAACAGCCAUAUCAAUCGAGAAGUUUGUGUUUCUGGCUGCGUUCCCGAAGUACGUCAAACUAAAAAUGGAACCGCCUACUGGUGAUGUUGUGCCACCAAACAACAGUGGCAUUGUCACUCAGGUUGUCAAGAUUCAAAACAGUUUACAGGGAGAGAAACCCGUGCUGAUGAGGAUUAAGCUCGAGUUUUUUGUUAAUGGCAACAAAGUGGAGGACAUGACGACCGUAAACAACUUUCCGUCCGACAUUUGA